GGGAGACGGUUUAAAGAGUAACAGUGAAGCAGAGCCUCUGGAUAUUUCACAUCUGGACACACUCAAGGAAAAAUGACUUUUCAGCCUACAAGCAUCCCAGUCUUAAGCAUCACAAAAUUAUAUGAAGACCUUAACAACACCAAUGGCACUGACUGUCCAGAUACAGAAGCCUGGGAAUGGAUCUACGCCAGCCAGCCAGUGUAUAUCCUGAUCAUCAGUGUGCUGGGCAUCAUAUUCAACCUCUUUGUCCUGCUGGUUUUCUGCCUUCAUAAGAAGCCCUGCACUGUGGCUGAGAUCUUCCUGAGCAACCUGGCUGCUGCUGAUCUUAUCCUGGUGUCCUGUUUGCCCUUCUGGGCUGUCAACAUUUACAAUGAAUACAAUUGGCCUUUUGGCCAAUUCAUGUGCAAAGUUGUCAAUGUGGGCAUUAAAAUAAAUGUCUACUGCAGCAUUUACUUCCUUGUUCUAGUUAGCAUAGAUCGCUAUGUGGCACUGGUGCAUACUUUGUCACAUGGAAGAAUGCGUCGGCCAAAGUAUGCCAAAUUAGGUUGUCUGCUGACAUGGGGUUUUGGUUUGCUGCUAAGUUUACCCACAUUUAUCUUUAGGGAUGUGAAAUAUUUCCCUAAAUAUAAUGUUCAUGCGUGUUAUCUUGAAUAUCCAAACCCCACAGUUGAGCUGUUCUAUGAUGGGGUGUUGAUCAUUCUGAGCUUCAUUGUUCCCAUUUCAAUUAUCUCAUUUUGCACUUUGAAGAUUGUUCAGGCUUUGAAGACCCAGGCAAUGGAGAGGUUCAAUGCUGAGAAAACGGAGAAGAAAGCCACUACUUUGGUGCUUGUGGUCCUCUUGGCCUUCCUCAUCUGUUGGGUGCCAUUCCACCUGAUCACCAUUUUGGAUGUGCUCUCAAGAGUCAAAAUCCUGAGAGGGUGUAACCUCACGUCCGCCUUGGAGAUUUGUAACCAGAUCUUCACCUACUUUGGCUUCUUCAACAGUGUUCUCAACCCCAUUCUGUAUGUUAUUGUGGGAAAGAACUUCAGGAAAAAGGUCCAGGAACUCCAGAAGCAGUUUAACAUUAAAAGAACAAAAACAGCUGAAUCUACUCGCUCCAACCUGUCUUCUACACUUAAAACUUUGGUAUAAAGCACCUGCAAAAUACCCUGAAUACCAGACUGAGUCAAUGGUCUAAGUAAUGGGGAGACAUUUGAUGAUCUUGCUCUGAAUUUAUUAGAAAAAAAUAUUCAAAUGAUAACCUCCCAAUGUCUUCAUCCAUAAUUAGUCAUUGUGUUACAGUAUUGCCAACAAAGUAUUAUUUUGUGUCAUAUGAAAAACAUGUAUUAUUUAGUUUGUAUGGACAAACCUGUUUUUCUGUGUUUAAAAUAAUUGUGAUAACGUGAUCAAGUUUUUGAAGUUUUGUUAUAAAUAUUUGUAAAAUGUAAACAUUGCAUUAUGUAAAUAAGCCCCAUUGUAAAAUAAUGUAUGUAAAUACAAAAUGCAUCUACUUUAAUAUAUUACUUUCACUGUAAGUAAAACUAUUUUUCUUGUAACACAAUCAUUCAAUUCAAAAGUGUUAAAAUUUUAAGUCUUUAGAAUGGAUUUCAGUCUAAAGCACAAGGAUUAGCACAUGGUGGAGUUACAACUGCUUGCUAAGUGUUUUCUGGCAUUUCUGAAUCACCUUCUGCAAAGUUAAACAGGAUUCUCUCAGAUUUUCCAGUGGUGACACACAAACACUCUGCUUUCUGUGGUCAACAUAGACAUGGGUUGUCUGAGGCGUUUCUCUCCAUACAAACAUCUUACGGUCCAUUAUUUACUCAAUGUGGGUUGUGGGUAAGAAUACAGCUUUAAAAGCCCCCAUAAUGGAGGCAUGCCAUGACUUACAGCAAAAUACAUUUUACCACACGUGCCAGCAUGGAAAAUUGUUGUGGAACAAAAAACAUUCAAGCAGACAAAAAAAGCCCCAA